AUGACAGUUUUCGGAAAUGCAUUGUACAUUGCAAUAACCUUACUGCCCGUCCGGCCAUAUCUGGCGGAAUAUUUGGAAUUCCGGAUCAUAAUGGCCUCAGAUAAUCCGGAAAUGAACGAUUCCUGGAUUGAAGUCACUCCACAUAGUUUGGGUUACAGUCCGAACGGAGACUUCCAGGCUUUCGGUGAUAAGGCUCAAACACCAGGGUUUUCAGAACCUAGUGGUCUACAUACAAUAGUCGAAGAGCGGUUACUAACUCGUUUCCUUACAGAGGCUCAAGAACAUUCAGGCAGGACUAGUGAUGCUUCUCCACCUAGUCCACCGUUAUCAUAUGAUGGUUUGAACACUGGGGAAAUAUCUGAACAAAUUCGCUCUCCUCAGCAAAUUACAAAUGCACCCAAAGUUCCAACAACCAGUUACCCGAAUGAUUUCCCAGUUACAAGUUCUGGAGAGUGGGCCAGUCGACCAGAAGUCGGAGCGUAUUCCACUCUGAUAUGCCAAACACAGAGUUCUAAAACAAGUCCUUCCGGGUCUCUCAAUCGUACAUCUCCCAAAAAGGGUUCAUGGUAUCUUCGUAACUCUGGUUUUAUGAAAGCACGUUUUAUUGGUUGGCUUCUUGAUCGUAUCCCAAAUAUAUUAAGCCAUGCAACUACAUUCCUACUGGGAGCAAUUACUAUGCUUUUAUUCGUACGGAAACGAGCGAAAUUGUUAAAGGUCUUCAAUAUACCUGUGGAUUAA